UUCUACCUGCUGAUUGUCUAAUGUCAAAUGGCUUUUUACGUGUAAAGUUGCCAUCAACAAAUGAUGUGUAAUGUGUGGAGGAUGUCUGUGCAGUGAAUUAAUUCAAGAAGUAUUCAUCAAAGUCGAUACAACAAGAAAAUUAUAUUUUGAAUUGAAGCAAUGGCUGCAUUCAAGUUUUUACAAAAUAUCUGGAGCAAAUUCCGUCAAAGACUCGUGUUUCUUUUCAAGAAUCAGCAUCCCAAGACUUCUGUCAAAAUUAAGCAUCCAAGUCAAACGGAUCCUACCUGUACAGAUCAACAGUUCCUAGUUGAUAAGAAGAAUAUCGAAUUUACUGAUAUUUCACAUUUACACAAUGACAAUGCUCAAUGUUUGUUCAAUGAUAUAAACACCACUGAAAGUAAUUUCAUGGUAGCCGACAAUUUAAAACAAACUGAUUUGAAUUUUGAUCAUAUUAUUGAUUAUUUAUUUAUUCUAAAAAGUCGAAAUAUUUCCUCAACUGAAAAUCAAAAAAUUCAAAACACUGAGACAUCACUGAAAAUAAGGUUUCAAGAAAUAUUUGCAUACCUUAUACACAUCAAUAGGCGUCGUUUGAAUAAACAGUUGACUGCUGAACGUGAUUUCCUUUUAUACCUUUCUCAUACACCGUGUGAACCAAUCAGUAAUCAGCUACACCAUGCCUCAUUGAUUCAAAUCUAUUCAACUUUGACAAAACAGCCAAUUAGCGAUUGCUUAGAUCAAGGUUGUCCAGGUGUCAUUGAUUGGCAACUGGUCGGUUUUCAAGGACAACAGCCAGCGACAGAUUUUCGUUCAACUGGGAUUUUAUCUUUACUAUGCUUACUGUAUAUGACAGAUGGGAAAAAAUUUCCAGAGAAACUUCUACACAGUAUUUACCAAUGUUCAUUAGAUGGUGAACAGAAAUUUCCAUUUUGUUUAAUCGGUAUCAAUAUUACAGGGAUACUGUUAAAUUGUUUAUUGAAAAAUGAAUUGAAUAAGGCAUUUAAUAAAACAAAUUGUGUAGUUGAAACAUUUAUGCGGAUGUUCUGCUUAGUAUUUUAUAUAUUUUAUUCUAUAUGGAUACAUGAAAGAUUUUGCAUUUUAGAUAUGCAUAAAAUGAAUGAAAUGCUGAGGUGGUAUUGUAAAUAUCAGCUGAACGACUGCAUGGAUAAAUAUUUGUCUAUUUUUAAUAAAUAUUCUGAGGCAUAAUUCAUUAUUUCUGGUUCUGGUAUUUGUUGUUUUUCUUUUGAGUUUGUGCUUGUAAUACGGU